CAUUUCCACUAUGCCUUCUACCAUGGACAUUCUUGCAAUCAAUACAAUCAGAACUCUUGCUGCUGAUGUAGUUCAAAAAGCAAAUUCAGGACAUCCAGGCGCUCCCAUGGGUUGUGCUCCAAUGGCUCAUGUUUUGUUUUCAAACUUUAUUUGUCAAGAUCCACAACAUCCUGACUGGAUCUCUCGUGAUCGGUUUGUUCUCUCUAAUGGCCAUGGAUGUGUUCUGCAGUACAUUAUGCUGCACAUGCUGGGUUACAAUCUCUCCAUGGACGAUCUCAAGUCUUUCCGUCAACUCAACUCAAGAACUCCUGGUCAUCCCGAGGCCAAUCACGGCGUGCAUGGCAUCGAGGUUUCUACUGGUCCUCUGGGUCAGGGUAUCUCCAAUGCCGUUGGUCUUGCCAUGGCAGAAGCUCAUAUGGCUGCUACGUUCAACCGUCCUGGCUUUCAGGUGAUUAGCAACUACACUUAUGGUAUUACUGGUGAUGGUUGUCUGCAAGAAGGUGUCCAGGCUGAGGCCGUAUCGCUUGCUGGCCAUUUGAAGCUUGGAAACCUCAUUAUGCUUUAUGAUGACAAUCAUAUCACCAUCGAUGGUGAUAUCGAGGUAGGCUUCACGGAAGACGUUGUUCAACGUUUCGAGUCUUACGGAUGGCAUACUCAGGUUCUUGGGGAUGGCGAUAAUGAUGUAGCUGGAAUUAUUGCUGCUAUUCAAAAGGCCAAGGCUGUCACUGAUAAACCUUCUCUCAUCAAGAUCCGUACCACUAUUGGGUUUGGAUCUGUUCUUCAGGGUGAGGAAAAGGUUCACGGUUCUCCACUCGGUGCAAAGGAUAUUAUUCAGCUCAAGAUCAAGUUUGGACUCGAUCCCGAAGUCCAUUUUCACGUUUCUGACGAGGUGUAUAAGCACUAUCAUGAUGCAUCGGCUCGCGGUGCUGCUGGCUACAAUGCAUGGGUUAAACUUAUGCAAGAAUAUGCUGUCGCCCAUCCAGAUCUGGCUAGUGAACUCAAUCGUCGUUUGAAUAAUGAACUUCCUACUGGAUGGAAAGAUCUUCUUCCCAAGUACACUCCUGCUGAUCCUGCAGUUGCCACUCGUAAACUUUCUGAAAAUGUCCUCAACAAAAUUGCUCUCUCUAUUCCCGAACUUGUUGGUGGAUCAGCUGAUUUAACUGGAUCCAAUCUUACUCGUUGGAAGGGUGCUGUUGACUUUCAGCCAGAUGUUUCUGGCUUGGGAUCGUAUGCUGGUCGUUACAUUCGAUUUGGCGUUCGCGAGCACGGCAUGGCUGCCAUCUGCAACGGCAUGAACGCCUAUGGUGGCAUUAUUCCUUUUGGUGCUACAUUCUUCAACUUUAUCAGCUAUGCCCUCGGUGCUGUUCGUUUGUCUGCCCUCUCUAAACAUCAGGUCAUCUACAUUAUGACCCACGACUCUAUUGGUCUUGGUGAAGAUGGUCCCACUCAUCAGCCCAUCGAGACACUUGCGAGUUUGCGUGCACUUCCCAACCUCAUCACCCUUCGUCCUGCCGAUGGUAAUGAAACUUCUGGUGCCUACGUUGCUGCUCUUGAAAAUCGUCAUCGUCCCUCGGUUUUGAUUUUCACUCGUCAGAAUCUUCCUCAGCUUGAAGGCUCGACCGUUGAAAAAACUCUCAAGGGUGCAUACGUGCUUAGUGAAUCUGCAAAUGCCAAAAUCACCCUUGUUGGCACUGGAUCCGAGGUUUCUCUUGCUGUGGAUACUGCUGCCAUGCUUGCCAAGGAGGGAAUCCAGGCUCGUGUUGUUUCUAUGCCGUCCUGGGAGCUCUUUGAAGAUCAAAGUCACGAAUAUCGUGCCUCUGUUUUCCUUGAUAAUAUUCCUACACUUAGUAUGGAAGCCAUGACUACCUUGGGAUGGAGCAAAUAUGCUCAUGCUUCGUGUGGUAUUGAUACGUUUGGUGCCUCUGCUCCAUACUUGCUUUUGUACAAAAAGUUUGGCUUGGUGCCUGAAGCUGUUUCCGAAAAGGCCAAAAAGGUUAUUGAAUACUACAAGACUCGCACUCCUGAAAGCAAGAUGAGCCCUGCUCUUUUCUAAUCUCAUCAUAGGUUGUUUUUGAUGAUGGUUUUAAGCUUCAGCAUUGUCGCUGAUUUUUAUUUUCACUUCAGUUCUAUUCAUCUCUCAUUUUAUGGAAUGUGGAAUGUGGGCAUUUCAAUGAAAUAAACAGUCAUUCAACUUUUACUCAAAGAAA